AGACCCUGGGAGGCCAGGGGACUAUGAGCUGGGCCGGCCGAGCAGAGGGUGCAGAAGCAAGAGCCUCCAAGUUACCUGGCUGGCGGCUUCAGGUGGGACCAGAGAUAUCCCCAGCUCAGGGAGACUGAGCUCUCACUCGCUUGCUGUACAAAAUGAUAUUCCUCACGGCGCUGCCCCUGUUUUGGAUUAUGAUUUCAGCCUCUCGAGGGGGUCACUGGGGUGCCUGGAUGCCUUCGUCUAUCUCGGCCUUCGAGGGCACGUGCGUCUCCAUCCCCUGCCGCUUCGAUUUCCCCGAUGAGCUGCGGCCUGCGGUGGUACAUGGCGUCUGGUACUUCAACAGCCCCUACCCGAAGAACUACCCCCCGGUGGUCUUCAAGUCCCGCACCCAAAUCGUCCACGAGAGCUUCCAGGGCCGCAGCCGCCUCCUGGGGGACCUGGGCCUGCGCAACUGCACCCUCCUGCUCAACAACCUCAGCCCAGAGCUGGGCGGCAAGUACUACUUCCGCGGGGACCUGGGGGGCUACAACCAGUACACCUUCUCAGAGCACAGCGUCCUGGACAUCAUCAACACCCCCAACAUCGUGGUCCCCCCGGAGGUGGUGGCGGGCACAGAAGUGGAGGUCAGCUGCAUGGUGCCGGACAACUGUCCCGAGCUGCGCCCGGAGCUCAGCUGGCUGGGCCACGAGGGGCUGGGGGAGCCGGCGGUGCUGGGCCGUCUGCGCGAGGACGAGGGCACCUGGGUGCAGGUGUCGCUGCUACACUUCAUGCCCACUAGGGAGGCCAACGGCGUCAGCCAGGCUGCGUCUGCGGCCCCUGUUGGCUGAUCCAGCGUGUCGCGGGCCUCAGACCCUCCUGUGAUCGUGGAGAUGAACUCCUCGGUGGAGGCCAUCGAGGGCUCCCAUAUCAGCCUGGUCUGUGGGGCUGACAGCAACCCGCUGCCGCUGCUGACCUGGAUGCGCGACGGGACCGUGCUCCGGGAGGCGGUGACUGAGAGCCUGCUGCUGGAGCUAGACGAGGUGACCCCCGCGGAGGAUGGCGUCUAUGCCUGCCUUGCAGAGAACGCAUACGGCCAGGACAACCGCACAGUGGAGCUCAGCGUCAUGUAUGCACCCUGGAAGCCGACGGUGAACGGGACAAUGGUGGCCGUGGAGGGAGAGACAGUCUCCAUCUUGUGCUCCACAGAGAGCAACCCAGACCCUAUUCUCACCAUCUUCAAGGAGAAGCAGAUCCUGGCCACGGUCAUCUAUGAGAGCGAGCUGCAGCUGGAGCUGCCAGCUGUCACACCUGAGGAUGACGGGGAGUACUGGUGUGUGGCUGAGAACCAGUACGGCCAGAGGGCCACCGCCUUCAACCUGUCUGUGGAGUUCGCCCCGGUGAUCCUCCUGGAGUCGCACUGCGCGGCGGCCCGCGACACCGUACAGUGCCUGUGCGUGGUGAAAUCCAACCCGGAGCCCUCCGUGGCCUUCGAGCUGCCAUCACGCAACGUGACCGUGAAUGAGACGGAGCGCGAGUUCGUGUACUCAGAGCGCAGCGGCCUCCUGCUCACCAGCAUCCUCACGCUGCGGGGGCAGGCCCAGGCCCCGCCCCGGGUCAUCUGCACCUCAAGAAACCUCUAUGGCACCAAGAGCCUGGAGCUGCCCUUCCAGGGAGCCCACCGACUGAUGUGGGCCAAGAUUGGGCCGGUGGGAGCCGUGGUCGCCUUUGCCAUCCUAAUUGCCAUCGUCUGCUACAUAACCCAGACACGCCGAAAAAAGAACGUGACAGAGAGCCCCAGCUUCUCGGCGGGGGACAACCCCCCCGUCCUGUUCAGCAGCGACUUCCGCAUCUCCGGGGCGCCGGAGAAGUACGAGAGCGAGAAGCGCCUGGGAUCUGAGAGGAGGCUGCUGGGCCUCCGGGGAGAACCCCCAGAGCUGGACCUGAGCUAUUCCCACUCGGACCUGGGAAAACGACCCACCAAGGACAGCUACACCCUGACGGAGGAGCUAGCUGAGUAUGCCGAGAUCCGUGUCAAGUGAGGAAACUGGGGCAGCCCGUGCGGCCACCCCCCUCAGGACCCUCGCUGGCCCCCACUGGCUGUGGGCUCCUUUCCUGAAAAUAAUGGGGGCUGAGGCAGGAAGGAGAUGGGGCAGGAGACAGUGAGGUCCUGAGGGCCUGGCCUCCCCCUUCUUCACAGCUGCCCCCUCCCUGCCAGCAUCCCCAGCCCCACACUACGGCUCCCCUCUAACCUCCUUUAACCUCAUCUGUCUGGAGGGGAGCUCUGUCUGUCCGUGUUAUUUAUUGCUACCCCCUGCCUGGUCUCCCGCCCCCACACCUGGCCCCAGGACCUGUACGAAAAGGGACAUGAAAUAAAUGCCCUGAAGCCAAA